GCUUCCGUAGACAUUCCUAUGCUGUCAGUGAGCGGUGACAGUCAAACAUCGGCGAGCCGAAAACCUUCUCCCGUUGUCAGCUAUGGAAGAGAUUAAUAACAUUGAAAUCGUUCCGUGCACAGAGUCCAACUACCUGCAACCGUUCCGGGUUUCAUAUAAUCAGAAUGGCACAAAAAAAUCUUGGGACUUUAUGAGAACUCAUGACAGUGUAUCCGUCCUGAUCUUCAACACCACCUCACACUGUUUUGUCCUCGUCAAACAGUUCCGUCCAGCUGUGUACAUGUGUGAGUGGGAAAAGGCCAAGACAAAGACUUCUCAGCCGGCCGAAAAGUCCGAAGAGGCCGAAGCGUCCGAGUCUCAGGAGGGCCAGCCGGCCUCGGCGGAGGAGAGCUCGUCCCAGUUGCCCCCGGCCUCGGCGGGGGUCACCUACGAGCUCUGUGCCGGCCUGGUGGACAAACCAGACCUCUCCCUGGAGGAGAUCGCGCGGCAGGAAGUGCUGGAGGAAUGUGGCUAUGAUGUGCCAGCUUCCAAACUGAAGAGGAUUACUUCAUACAGAUCAGGUGUUGGCGUAACGGGCGCCAAACAGACCAUGUUUUACGCCGAAGUGUCCGACGACAACUGCGUGAGCGCAGGAGGAGGUGAGCCCCGCGAGGGUGAGCUCAUCGAGGUGGUGAAAGUCCCGCUGCACGAGGCCAUGACGUUUGCCUACGAUGAGCGUACACCCAAAACCAUGGGCGUCAUUUUUAGUUUCAUCUGGUUCCAUAAUAACAUGUCUCCCAAGUACAAGAUCUCCACCAAUGUGUAACUAGCACUAACUAAUCGCUCUUUCUGUCUGUCGUUCCACAUUGAAUCAAAGCUCAUGACACACACACACACAUACAUAUGGCUCCCCUUCAUGGUUCGCCACCCUGUGUUGCCUUUUUGCUUAUCGGUACAUGAUGAGGGGUGGGCUCCUUGUCUUGUUGCCAGCUGUUUUGUCCUGUUGAUUUUUUUAAACAUGUCUUUAAAUUCUCUUAAAAACAAUUUACCACUGACACCAUCUAUCUCUUUCUUAAUUUUUCGGUGCCAUCUCUUUUGCACCGCUUCAUAUCACCAUUCUCACUUGCCUGCAGAACUGCAGAAAGGCUCUGCUGCUUUUAAUGUAGGUCUUGAAUGUUAUCUGCACGAUACUGCCCAUCUAUACGAUCUAUAUCUACUGAGGAAAAGCCAUUUAUCAUUAUCCACGUAAGAAUUCAAGUUGUCAUUUUAUUUAAUAGUUUCUGACUUAAAAAGAGCAUCAAAUCAUAUAAAACUUUAAUAAAUCUGUAUAUUAUCAGCACAUAAACAUUAGUUUGUUUCUACUGUCAUCUCCCCAAACAGCAGCUAUGAUGCCAACAGUAUUCCAGGAGUUUGCUUCAAGUUUAGGGAGUUGAAAUGUAAUUCCAAGACUUUUUAUUUGAAUGGAAACAACAUGGUUGUUGCUAUUUCACAUCAGUUGUGGUAAAAACAAAUACAAAAACAGUGGGGUAACAUUCCUUUUGUGUUUUAUACAGUGAUGCAAAAACUACACCAGUCAAAUGUGGGGCCUUCUAAUAGACAGCAUGUUAGGGACAUGAUGGGAAAAAUGAGGAAGAUGUUUGUUUUUGUUUCCCAGUUUGGAGAAUAAAGUUCCCACUCGCUCGGCCAACUGUGCGAAGCUGUAGUCAUGCUGGUCACCUGUGGAGAUCUAAUAUGGACUGGGUCUGUUAAAUUACAAGCACAGCCUCAGACCGCUUCACUCAAAUGUGAAGCAGCAUCAACUAAAAGAGCUGCUGUGUUUCUGUGGUCUCUCGGAGAUCCACAAGUGACCAGCAUGACUACAGCCUCACAUCGGAGCGGUCCGGGCGUCCCCGCCACCCUGGGAAACUGUAACAGCCAGGCGCCUGCUCUAGCAACUGUUCCCAGGCAGGACUCAGGAGAAGCUGGGCAGCCGCUCAAGUUUCUUAUGCAGCCCCACCAACUUGUUUGACCAAGCAGUUAAAUGACACAGCAUCUCCCCCAUAAAAUCCCAGGAUUAUGGGGGCCUGGUCAAGAUGAUAAGAGACAGUGUGACGUAGAUCUGUCAGGCUUUUCUAAUCCUAGAGUUUCACUGUCUGUCUUCUAUCAGAAGCUAAUGCAGGAGAUAGGUGUAGGAGACUAUUUUCAUGUUCGGCCUGCAUGAAACUCUCAGAGUUAAAGUCCCAUUAGUUGUCACACACACUGAUGUGUGUGCGAAAUUUGUUCUCCGCAUUUGACCCAUCCCCUGGGGGAGCGAUAAGCUGCAGACACAGCUGCGCUUGGGAACCAUUUGGUGGUUUAACCCCCCAAUCCAACCCCUUAAUGCUGAGUGUCAAGCAGGGAGGCAUUGGGUCCCAUUUUUUCAAAGUCUUUGGUAUGACCCGACCAGGAAUCGAACCCUGGUCUCCCAGUCUCAGGGCAGACACUCUACCACUAGGCCACUGAGCUCUAGGUGUGACCCAUUAGAAUCAGAAAUAAUCAUUAAAAAUAUUUUUCAGUAAACCACACCUUUAAAGUUAAUUUUUUUACAUUUUGAAUUAUUUUUCUCAAUAAUUAAAUAUUUAGAAAUUUAGAAGUUCUUCUUCAAUAUUUGACUUUUUACAUAUUUUGGCUUUUCUCAACAUUUUUAAGGGACAUUUAAAUUUUUUUUCCUCAACAUUUGAACUCUAGGAAACAAAAUCAAAAUCUUCCUCUAAAUAAUUAAUUUGCCUCUAAUUGUUUUUAAUAUUUUGCCUUAUUGUAACAAUGAAGCUGUUCAGCAAGCCAUAGAAAGUCCUCUGACCUGCAGCCUUUUAGCAGUACCUUAUAACUCAUUAAACUCUUUAUAGGAUCCAACCAGUGGAUAGAAAUGACCAGAGUCUCAACACAACCCAGUUUUUCUGUUGCCAGUGUUUUAUUUUACUAAAGCACAAUUAGAAGCAUCAUGAGCAGUUGCCCUUAAACCCACACUCGAUGCAUCCUUACAUUUUCUUAAAGAAAAGGAUUUUUUUCUAGGUUCAGGGAAAUUUGUUUUGGAGUAUCUAAGAAGAAAAUCACUGUAAAAAAAUAAGGAGUUGUUCUUUUUUUCCCCUUAAACAUGCAGUUACUUGAAAAACUCAUUAAUUAAAUUUCAGAGGCAUUUUCAAACGAAGAGGUCCCACACUGACAACCUCAAACCGUCAUUAACGCAAACUCCACAUCAGCAGCAAAUCUCAGGUCCAGAUAAUCAAACCGAUCAUAUUUAAGACAAAUCCCUGAAUGUGACGACCAGCAUGUAAUCACGGUCUUACAAGCACCGCUUUUCAAAAUCAGCUGCAGACAGCCGUUUCCGCUGCCCACAUCCUGUACGCUGGUAUUUCUCCUCACUGAAGAAGGGCUGCAACUUCAUCCAUUCAUGUGUGAAAAGAGAGAAACUCCCACAGAAAAAAAUGUGUUUUAAAAAUAUGCAAUGUCUGGAAAACAUAGGCAAUAGUACCCCCCACCCCCCAAAGAUGCUCUAAGGCAGAAAAUGCAUUAGAAAAUUAGAAGAAGUUUAAAAAAAGGCUGCUUUUAGUAAUGGUAGUUAAUCUGCAAGAUGCUAAUAAAAAUGUUACAGCUACAUAUAGAAUUUGUAGCUUAAAGUGCAAUAUUAAUAACCCCUUAAAUCCUUUUUUCCAUAUAAGAAUAAUAAACGCUCAUGUGAUUUGCAGAAAGUAUUAGAAAAUCUAAUGCAAUAGAUACAACAUGCUGUAUAUAGUUAAACUAUUGCAUAAACAAGUGUUUAAUGUGGCAAAUAAAAGUUCCUUUUUUAUUAAACUAGGUGCUCAAUUUAGCAACCAGGUUGUAUAUUUAGUUUUUUAACUGUUGCAGCUACAUUAGUGAGUAAACCCCUCCGGAUUUCUGGAUGCUACGUCUUCUAAACUGAGCCAACAGGUGAUUCCAAACAAAAACAGAUGUCUAAACUGAGGAUUUCCAGCUGACAAUCAAACGUUGAUGUUUUAAUUCCAUUAGUUUGUGGGAUCUGUUGGCUUUUCUCUUAAAAAAAGAUCCCUCCGCUUCAUUUUUGGGCAUCGCAUGAGGGUUUUUUUAAGCACUUGAGGACUUAUUACCAGCACAAAGAGAAGAAUAAACAUUAAACAUGUAGAUGUUAAGUUUGACAUUCCUCAUUUAUUUUGAGUGUAAGUUUGAAAAUAUGCAUUUAUUCUCAUCUCUUGAAGCCAUCUGCUCUCUCUCACUGAGCUUCCGCCACUCAAGACAUAUUCAUUAAUAAAUGUCCCUUAAUACUUUUGUAAAACAUUUGCUAAUUUAUAUUUUCUUAGAAUUUAUUACGAGACUCUUAACAGAAAGUCUAAGGCCUAGUCCACACGUAGCUGGGUUUUUUAAAAACGAAUAUCCGCCCCUCCAAAAACUUGCAUCCACACCACCUCGUUUUAAAAAGAAACUCUGUCCACACGUACCCGGAUAAAUACGUUGUUAAGGACAUGCCAGACCUGUAGGCGGCAGUACUUCCCCCGUUCUUAACCUCGUCCUUCGUCUGUGGUCUUCCUCAAGGAGCAGUAAUUCCGCUUGCAAAAACAAACAAGCAAAAAGCGCUUGGACAAUUGAUAAAGUGAGCGCAGCUCUGAGGGCAUCCAUGCUGUUGGCUAGUGUAAACACAGGUCGCACACGUGAUGUCAGCAUUUUUUUUGUCGCGGAAAGUGACGUUGCGGACCUUAAAACUCCAGUUUUGUCCGUCCACACGCAGACACCCAAAACGGAGAAAAUGCAGAUCUUCACUUUGGUCGGAGUUUUUAAAAAGAUACGUUUUCGUGUGAAAAAACUCCGUUUUCGUGUGGAUGACAGGCCAAAACGUAGAAAAAUAUCUACGUUUUGGCAGAUCCCCGGCUAAGUGUGGACAGGGCCUAAAUCAUAAAAAUUAGGAUGAAAACUUUUCACCUGCAAUCUAACCACAUGAUUCUUUUGGUAAAACUUAAAUUCAGUAAAUUUAGCCUUUUUCCUGUUGUCUGUUUCUUAAACCACAUCAAACACAUUGGUUCUCUGAAUUGAUUUGCCUUGUUUUUCCGUUCACGCAACAAAAAAUAUUCCUUUUUUUAUGUUUGUUCCAGGAAAAAUCUGCCACUCGUUUUUCAAAGUGUUAGACUUAAACUUUAAGCAGCAGUAGAAGAAAGUAUUUUUAAAAAUGUCCGUUAGCUUCAGUUUUAGCUAAAUGCGACAAACAAAAGCCAUUGAGACCUUUAAGGCCAGUCUGUAACUAAAUGUGCCCGUCGGACGUGUUUCAAUGGCAUUCGAACCAUCACACAAUCAUUUUGUUUUUACGUAUUUCCAAAUAUCAGGAAGGUCGGGAGCAGGGAGCAGGCUGGAAAAAUGCUGGAAAAAUUGAGAGCUGCAAUCAAAGAAAUGAAAUGUUAAAAUUACCAAAUUAUGUCAACUGGUUCUCUAAUUUCCCUCUGGGAUUAAUAAAGUAUUUUUGAAUUGAAAUCUAGUUGCUUAAAGAGCAAGUCACCCCUUACCAGAGUAUUACUCCACCUCCACUUGCUGUUUGAAAAAUGCAACAAAUGCUGUUGCCUAGCAGACUGAGAGGGCGGAGCCACUAACAAAUACACACACACACACACACACAGGCUCACAACGACAUUGUGACAUCAUAUGGUACCAGCUAACAUUCUAGGGUACCUCUUAGCCAAUAGCGAUGGCAGAUUUAAAUUCAACUGCUGUGCAGAGUUUUUACCUGACAACGGCACAACACUGACAGUUUUAGGCAGAAAAUUAAAAUUUUAACUAAAAUGCACUAAAGUGCAAAAUUAUUGACUACACGUGUCUGCAGCAUGAUUAGACACAUUUAUAUAGUUUAUCAGAAAAAAAAGUUGAUUUGGGGGUGACUUGCUCUUUAAAUGUAAAGAGUAAUAUACAUUUAUAAUAUAAUGCAUAAAAACUAAUGUUACGCUUUACAUUUACAGCAGGUAUCAGGAGUUUCCUUCUCAGAGGGCACCAUCUAGAGGCAAAAGUAUUAUCAGUCACUUAUGUGUAUGCCAUCACUUAGUAUGGCCACAUCAACCACAACGGCUGUCCUCUGGUGUUUGUCUACCACCAAAACAUCUGGUUGGUUCUCCAUCACCAUUUUGUCAGUCUGGAUCUGGAAGUCCCACAGAAGCUUGGCUCGCUCAUUCUCUACCACCUUAGGGGUGUUUCCCACUCUGACCUUGGGGCUUCCAGUCCGUACUCUGCACAGAUGUUCCUGUACACAACACCAGCCACUUGGUUGGGGCGUUUCGUUUAUGCUUUCCCUUCAGCGUCUUGCCAGUAUGUGGUGGUUGGUCUCAGGGGCCUCUUUGCCUAGCCUACACCUUGGGUCUUGUCUGGUGUGGUAGAUCUUGGCCUCUGUUGCUCUGGUGUUCAGGGGGCCAUGAUGGGUGCCUCUGUGCUGUCCUUCAGAUGAGCUCUUUCUAGCCUUCUAUUGCGGACCACUGCAUUGGACUGUUCUGUGAUUAUUUCACUGUAAAAUUCUUACAUAUUGUACCUUCCAUCCAUCCAUUUUCUUCCACUUAUCUGGGGUUGGAUUGCGGGAGCAACAGCCUUAAAGCAGAGAGGCCCAGAGUUCCCUCUCCCCAGUCACUUGGGCCAGCUCCUUCGGGGGAAUCCUAAGGUGUUCCCUAGCCAGCCGAGAGACAUAGUCCCUCCAUCAUGUCCCAAGUCUUUGUUUUUUCUCCUCCCGGUUGGACGUGCCUGGAAAACCUCACCAGGGAGGUGUCUAGGAGGCAUUCUAACUAAAUGCUAGAGCCACCUCAACUGGCUCCUCUCGAUGUGGAGGAGCAGCAGAUCUACUCUGAGCCCCUCCCGGCUCAGCUCUCUCUUCACCCACGACCUUGUACCUUUAAAGAGUGAGUUGUCGCCAAUUCUGCAGGUAAGUGGAUGUCAAACCCUAUUGGCUAACGCUGAGUGGCGCUCAGUGGACGGGCUCAGGAAAAAAAAGUUGACGUAUUAAAGAAGAAGAAACAAUUUUUUUAAGAAGCCAGCUUUAGUGGAACCAGUUGACAUAACUUGGUUAAGUAAAUUCAUUCAUAAACCCAUUUUAAAAUAAUACGACCCCCCCCCCCCCCCAAAACAAGUAAAUUAAUAAAUUGGUGAACAAGCAGCAGUUGAUAAGCAGCAGCUGUGUUCAGACAGCAGAUCUGAGGAUGUUCAGCAGAAUUACGACUGAUGUAUUUUUAAGGUUUUGUAACUGAGAGGCAGUUAUCGGAGGGAAUUCGCCAAAAGGGAAAACCGGCAGCUCUUCGGGUUCAUCCGGUUAAUCCUGCUUCUUCUAGAAAAGCCGUUAAAGCUCAUAAAGGAAACGCGAGUUAUGUUUGCAUUUUCUUGUUCUGGUUUUUCAAGCCUUUAAAUAAAACUCACAACUCGUGACCCUUUUUGUGAUCUUAUAUUAGUUGGAUUUUUUUUCAUUAAGUCCUAAAAGUUAAGGAAAUCUGCCUUUUUAUGACUCACAACUGCUUCAUUUUUGGAGAUGUUCAAAGAGAAGUUGAAGUUAGAAAAGUUGAAGUUUACUCAAUCAAAAGAUUAUGUCUUUUUAAUUUGUUUUUUAAAAUAAAACGAGUCUUUGUGUGUUUUUGUGUAGAUUAAAUCAGAUUAAGCAGCCUCGUAUUAGCAUCUCAUUUAUCUCUUGGUAAGAAAGCAUUUUCAAAGAUAUCUUCCUUAAAUCUCCCAGUUCUGCAGAUUUUAACGCCGACAAAAGCACUUUGACAGUUCAGAGGGAGGUUACAGACUGAGCCAUGGGUAAGCCAUAUUAAACGCAGUAAUUCCAACAUUUAAGGUAAAUAAACCGUUGAUUUCCAAUUUGCCUAUGCUGGAUUUUAACCACUAUCCCAGCAGUUCUACCUCCAUCACUCAGGCCCACAACAAAAGGUUUGCUUGGUUUUAAGGUGUUUUUGAGAUCAGAAAAGAAUAAAAAAAAAUAAUUCUGUACCUUCUUGACUAUGCUGUGUUUUUCUUUAGGUGUGAUUUAUUUUCUUAAUGAUUUGUGCAAUUUUGUACAAUUUCUUACUGUGCAUUUAACAAUUAGUGCAACGUUUUAAGAAGGACAUGAUUUUAAAGGUGCUAUGUGUAGAAAUUGGCGAAGAAAAGGUAAGUUGUUGUUAAUGAAUCACUCAGACGUUGCUGUUGAGGCAUUACUUUUGUUCAUAAGCUUUGCACUUUGAUUAUUGCACAAAGUGUUCAAGUCGGUUGCAUUUUCUUUUUACAAACCUACCAGAAGAUGAAUUUUCAGCUCCAAGUAACUCAUGGUGACUUUAGUUUCUAGCUCUGUUUGGUAAAAUCCCACACAGAAGACCUUUAAAUGAAAAACGUUAGGGUUGUUGUCGCUGUAAACAAACGUGUCCAAUGUGAAUUAUUUAUUUUUCAUUCUGGUGUCUCACUGAAUUUGUGUUUUUUGAAAAAUAUUUUCAGCAAGAAACACAAUCACUGCUGAUUUAUGGAUUUCUCAUGUAUUUUGCGCUUUAAGUGUACUCUCAUUGUGGGCAGUGUUUUUGGUAAUGCUUCAGUUUUGUUAAUUUAUUACAUAAACGUUGAAAUAUAUAGCUUUCAAUUUAAAAAAAGCAAACUUUGUACAAACAUACAGUAAAUGUUUAAACAUUGCAUGUGCACUAACUGUGUUGGAUUAAACGGCAUUAAGUUCAAAUAAAAUGUGUUUGAUGCCCAA